CACCUGGUGAAAAAGCAAUCUGAAAAGAACUUUGUUAUUUUUAAGAAGAAAAUAUGAAAAGCUGUUUAUACUUUAUAGUAGCUAAUAAAAACAAAAUAAUACAAAAGAGAAAUUUCGCACUAAAACUUUCGGCUCCACUUUUGAAAAAGCGUCAAAAAAUGGAGCAACUUUCGCUCCUCCCUAGGACUUGAAAUUACUCUGAAAUGAGAAAACAUAUAAUAGUAAUAAAAAAGAGCAGUGGAAGUUUCAUGUAUUUUUUCCUAAAAGGAGCACUGAAACUUCAGUCUGUUUCAUUACUUCCAAAAUUAUAGCUCUCCUCAGUCUUUUCUCUCUCUUCAUUUGCAAAUUUCAGAUUGGAUUUCUAUUCACUCCGAUUCGACGCAAGUGAUCAGGUUGGGAUCAAGUCAUUUCUUCUUCCCUAAUUUCAGAUCCACCUGUUCUAGCCCCAAUAUCAGGAGCACUGAAAUUUCUAGGAAGUGGAAGUACUCAGAAAAAUAUAAUAAAACAGAGCGGUGGAAGUUUCUUGUAAUAUUUCCUAAAAGGAGCACUGGAAUUUCAUUACUUCCAAAUUUCUAGGUUCUCUGCAAAUUCUCUUCUCAGUCUUCUCUCUCUCUUCAUUUGAAAAUUUCAGAUUAGAUUCGACGCAUUUUCAAAACAACGCAAGUCAGGUUGGGCGUCAAAUCUAUUUUUCUAAUGGCUUUAGUGGACAUGGAAACGGACUCGUCAUCUUUCCCAAGUUCUUCUUCUUCUGCUGCUGCCCGAUGGAAUUAUGACGUCUUUCUGAGUUUCAGAGGCGAGGACACCCGCUACAAUUUUGUGGGUCAUCUUUAUGAAGCUUUGAGACAAAAAGGCAUUCACACUUUUAAAGACGAUAAAAACCUUGACAGAGGAAAACCCAUCUCACCAGAGCUGUUGAAAGCAAUAGAGGAGUCGAGAUUUGCUAUCGUCAUUAUCUCAAAAGACUACGCAUCUUCAGCUUGGUGCUUAGAUGAACUUGCACACAUAAUUCACUGCAAGAAAGAGAUGGCAAUGACAAUUCUGCCUGUUUUUCACUAUGUGGAUCCAUCCGAUAUACGGAAUCAAAUGGGAACUUUUGAGCAGGCAUUUAUUGAACAUGAAAAAAAGGAGAACAAAGAGAGGGUGGAGAAAUGGAGAGAUGCUUUGAGACAAGUGGGCAAUCUCGCUGGAUGUCAUUUAAAGAAUACUAGGUACGAGACAGAAGACAUCAACGACAUCAUGGGAUGGAUAUCACUUCACUUGAAAUAUGAUGCAAUCCCUUACAUUACUAGGGACCUGGUAGGAAUAUACUCUCGAAUGGUGGAAUUGGAGUCGUUUUUAGCUAUAGGGUCAAACAAUGUUCGCUUUAUAGGGGUUUGGGCAAUGGGGGGAAUGGGUAAGACAACCCUUGCUAGAGUUGUUUAUCAUAUGGUUUCUAAAGAAUUCGAAGCUUAUAGUUUUAUUGAGGAUGUUAGGGAAAAUUCUGAAAAACAUGGUUUUGUUGGACUACAAGAGAAACUUAUUUCUAAUAUUUUGGAGGAAACAGAUUUGAAAAUUAGAGAUAAGUAUGAUGGAGUUCUCAAAAUCAAGAAAAGGUUAUGUCAUAAAAGGAUUCUUCUUGUUCUUGAUGACGUAAAUAAAUUAGACCAGUUAAAAAUGUUAGCUGGGGAGCAUGAUUGGUUUGGUCCGGGUAGUAGAAUUAUCAUAACAACAAGAGAUGUGCAUGUGUUGAACACACAUGGAGUAGAUGGAAUAUAUGAAGUUCAAGGAUUGUAUGAUAAAGAUGCUUUUCAACUUUUUUGCUCGAAAGCUUUUAGAAAAGAGCAUGUCCCAAAAGAUUAUUUUGUGAUGUCCGAAGAAUUUUUAAAAUAUGCUGCUGGUCUGCCUUUAGCUCUUGAGGUUUUGGGUUCCUUCUUGUUUGGGAAAAGUACCAUUGAAUGGAAAUGUGCGUUAGAGAGGUUCAAAGAAUAUCCUAAUACAGAAGUUCUCAAUGUACUUCAAAUAAGUUUUGAUGGACUCCAUGACUUAGAGAAGGAAAUAUUCCUGCAUAUUGCAUGCUUCUUUAAUCACAAGGAGAAGGAUUAUGCAGUAGAUGUACUGGAUAGUCUUGGCCUUUACGCUAUUAUUGGAUUGAAGGAACUCAUUAAUAAAUGUCUCUUGAACAUUGAUGAUGCCGAUAUAUUGAGUAUGCAUGAUUUACUUGAAGAAAUGGGUAAGAACAUAGUUCGUCAAGAGUGCCCUAAUGAUUGUGGGAAGCGUAGUAGACUGUGGCGUUAUGAGGACAUUGAAAAUGUGUUGAAAAAUAAUAAGGGAAUAGAAGUAGUUCAAGCCAUGCAUAUUUUGCGUAAUAAUGAUGAUGAUGAAGUAAAAGAGACAUGUUGGAGCCCUGAGGCCAUUUCACAGAUGUACAAUCUUAAAUUUCUUAGCAUUGAUGGUAUUUUCCAUGACCCUCAACAUCUUCCAAAUUCUUUAAGAGUUCUUUGUUGGAGGUAUUAUCCUUCAAAUUCUCUACCAUCAACUUUCCAGCUAGAUGAGCUUGUUAUGCUUCAUUUGCCAGAGAGCAGAAUUGAACAACUUUGGAUAGGACUAAAGAAUUUUGACAAGUUGAAGUUCAUCGACUUGUCAAAAUCGGGCCUGAUUAUAUCCCCGGAUUUCACUGGAGUCCUAAAUCUUGAGAAAUUAACACUUUCAUAUUGUAAAAAUUUAUGUGAGCUUCACCCAUCUGUUGGACUUCUUAAAAAGCUUGUUCUUCUUAAUCUAAAUUCUUGCUCAAAUCUUAUGUGUCUUCCUAGCAGCAUUUGUAGCUUGAAUUCGCUUCAACGUCUUAAUCUUUGUGAGUGCUCAAAUUUUGACAACUUGCCGGAGAACCUCGGGAAUCUCAAAGGUCUCUAUGAUCUUGAUUUGAGUGGAACAGAAAUAAAAGAGUUGCCUUCGUCAAUUGAAGGCUUGACGACCCUUAAUUCAUUGACUCUCGUAGAUUGUGAGGAUCUUGUGUGCCUUCCUAGCACCAUUUGUAGCUUGAGUUUGCUUCGACGUCUUAAUCUUUGUGGGUGCUCGAAUUUUGAUAACUUGCCGGAGAACCUGGGGAAUCUCAAAGGUCUCCAUGAUCUUGAUUUGAGUGGAACAGCUAUAAAAGAGUUGCCUUCAUCAAUUGAAGGCUUGACGACCCUUGAUUCAUUGACUCUCGAAGAUUGUAAGAAUCUUGUGUGCCUUCCUAGCACCAUUUGUAGCUUGAGUUCGCUUCAACAUCUUGAUCUUUGUGGGUGCUCAAAUUUUGACAACUUGCCGGAGAACCUAGGGAAUCUCAAAGGUCUCUAUGAUCUUGAUUUGAGUGAAACAGCUAUAAAAGAGUUUCCUUCAUCAAUUGAAGGCUUGACAACCCUUACUUCAUUGGAUAUGCAUGGUUGCAAAAAUCUUGUGUGUCUUCCUAACACCACUUGUGGUUUUCAAUUCCAUGGUGCUCUUGAUCUUUCAACAUGCUCAAGAUUUAAAAACUUGCCAGAGAACCCAUGGAUAAUCGAACGUCUAGGGAUGCUUGAUUUGAGUAAAACAACUAUAGAAGAGAUGCCUUCAUCAAUUGGAUGUUUGACUAACCUUACUGCAUUGACUUUAAGAUUUUGCUUAAAUCUUGUGCGCCUUCCUAGCACCAUUUGUAGUUUGAAGUUGCUUACUUAUCUUGAUCUUUAUGGAUGCAUAAAAUUUAACAACUUGCCAGUGAACAUAGGAAAUAUGAAAGGUUUGAAGUGGCUUGAUUUGUGUUGGACGGACAUAAAGGAGGUUCCUUCUUCCAUUGCUCUCCUUAAAAAUCUCGAACACUUAUAUAUCAGUAAAUGGAAGUUAUCUGAAUUUUAUUUUAUGCCAGUAACUCUUGCGACGAUGGCCCCAUUAUGGAGUUCCCUGCCAAGAAGCCCAUUAUUGUCUUUAUCUUUACAUCAUUCCUUAUCAACAAGUCCCGUUCCAAUGGGCUUUUUAUUUCCUUCCUUAUCAGGUCUGCAGUCUUUAACUAAUCUGGUUCUUAGUGACUGCAAUCUUUUGUCAAUCUCCAAUGACAUUGGCUGCUUGUCCUCUUUAGUACAGUUAGAUCUAAGUGGAAAUAAUUUUGUUUUCCUUCCUGAAAGCAUGUCUCAACUCUCUAAUCUUCGAAGACUCUAUUUAGAGGGUUGCAAAAGUCUUCAAUCAUUGGAAAGUGUUCCGUCAACUGUUGAUUAUGUAAUUGCAAACAAUUGUACCUCACUGGAGAAAUUGCCAAAACUGCAAUUUAAUCCUUCUAGGUCAGAUCACUCCCGUUUAAAUUUCCAGUGUUGCAACUGCUUCAAAUUGGUUGACUAUUUUCAAAGCAGUAACAUGCUUCAGGGACUACCAAACAUUAUUAUUCCUGGAGGUAAAAUUCCAAAAUGGUUUUCCCUUGAAUGUCAGGGUGGUAACAUAGGAGUGUCUUUUCGUGGGUGUGAUGACUUGAUGGGAAUUGCGUUGUGUAUUGUACUUGUACCCAAUGGGUCACAAGUCUCACAACUUACAUAUAAUUUAUUUAUCAAUGAAUUUAAAUGGUUCGUACAAUAUUUUCAGUUAAAAUAUGGUAAUGUUGAAUCACCUCACUGUUGGCUGCUCUAUUUGUCCUCUCAAUAUUUUGGCUCUGAUUGGGGUAAAAUACUUAGUCACACUGAUGCUAAUGGACUCAGUCAACUCGAGAUGAAAUUAUUAGCUAACAAAGAGGGGGUGGAGAAAAUUGGGGUUCAUUUGGUAUACAAGCAAGACAUCGUAGAUCCCAAUCAAACUAUGGCACAGUGCAUUAACAACAACAGUAUACUGUAUGAGGAUCUGGCUGAUUCUGAGGAUCAGCCAGAAUCAAUUUUUAACUUUGCCAUGGAAGGAGAGGAUCAAACGUCCAAGAAGCUUGACUUCAUUCAUGGAGGGAAGAGCCAUUGUUUCCAAGACAUCGAAGAUCCCAAUCAAACUAUAACAGAGUUGAGCAUCAACAGCAGGACACUCUAUGAGAAUCUGGGUGAUCUCUGCCAUGAUCUUUACCAUUCAGCCGCAGAAGGUAGCAGAAAUAAACGAAGCCGUGAUGAGCAAGAUUGGGCUGGACCUAGUGGAGAAGGCUACUCUAGUGAUGAACCAAAUCCAAAGACUUGGAGGUUGUAUGGCUGAUUCUAAAAGAAUUUAUUAUAAGGAAGAUUCGACUUCUUUGCCUCAGAAGAAAUCAAGCCACUUGAUAGUAUCUGUAUCUUCAAGAGCAAUGAGGAACUUGAUCAGCCUAGGGCGACCCAUGAUUUUGUAGAAGCAGCCAUCUAAACCACCUUCCCCAAAAGUUCUAUUGGUACAUUUCACACACAGCCUCAUCAAAUCCUCAAUUGUUCUCUUAGCAUAUUUCCAUUCCUCUUCCUCUACUCUCCUUUCUGCUUUCUCUAUUUUUACGAUAAAUUAUGGUUUAAUUGAAUCACAUCACCUUUGGCUGCCCUAUUUUUCCAACUACUAUGUGUCUUGCCAUUUCAGCUCCAAUGGGGGAAGGAUGUUUAGCUAAAACCAAAUUGAUGCUAAUGGAUUUUGUGAAAUUAAUAUUAAAAUAGAUAGCUGGAACUUGGAGGUGGAGAAAAUUGGGAUCUGCUUAGUAUACUGGCAAGACAUGGAAGAUCCCAAUCAAACUAUGGCACAGUGCAGCAGCAACAGCAGUACAAUUUAUGAGGUCCUGGGUGUUCUACAUCAUGAUCUUGAUGAUUCAGCUGCAGAAUCAGAAAUAAGCGAAGCCAUGAUGAGGAUGACAGGGCUGGAGCUAGUGGAGAGUGCUACUAUAAAGAGGAUCCACAGCCAAAGAGGAUUCAAACUUGAAGGAUUAAUUGCUGAUUUUGAAGAAUCUAGUGAAAAUGACCUGGAAGGCUAAACAGUUUCUGUUUAUUACCUGAUGGGAUCAAACAUCUGAGAAGCUUGAAGCUUUUGCCACCGUGGACGGUUACAAGAGUGUCAACGUUGAAGUAUUAGCCAAGUAGCUAUUCUCCUCUCACACUCACCUUGGGCUCUUGCGAAAGUGGUCAAGGACUCAAAAUGACAUAAAUCCUUCCCAUCUACUUCUUUUUGUUAACACAAAGUUACCAUCCAAUGCCUCAUUUGGUUGGAGAAGUAUAAUGGAAGCUUGAAAGGUUGCACAGUUGAGCUACUGUUGGAAGAUAGGGAUGGAAAACAGGCAGCUGCCGACACCGAAUGCAUCCAGGGUGGUUUUACUAAGAAAUCCUCAAUCUGCAGCAAACUAGGUGACUUGCUGGAUGAUAAUACAAAGACUCGCAGAAAGAUUUUUCUGGACAGGUUGUUCAUGCCACAAGAAGCUGCUGUCAUUCAAAAGCAUUCCGUGAAAUACUCAACAUUUUGAUUACAGUAUCUUUUGGGUGGGUGCAGAAAUUUGAGAUUUUUCAGUUCGGGGUGCAUAUGAUUUGUCAGACCACGAGGCAAUGGCAGGUUUAGGAGAGGCUUCAAACAAUCACAGCUCAACAAUUUUGUGGCGGGCACUGUGGAAGGCUCGGGUUCCUAACAAGAUUAAAGUUUUUCAUGGCAUACUCUUAAGUUUAUCCUGCUAACAAAGCCUCAUCUAUUUUCCAAAUGCAUCAUCUCUUCAGUAACUUGUGAGCAGUGUAAUGAAGUUCCUGAAACCAGUUUACAUGCUUUUGGUCUUGCCCCGACACCAAGAAGGUAUGGCAAUUAGUUGAAUGCAUAAACUACUUUAUCCUGCACCAGCCUUAUCAGAACUGGACUGGUCUAUUCUCCUGGAUGCUGCACCAUAAGAAUACAUUCUCACUGAAACUAUUUUCCACUCUCUCAUGGCAAUUAUGGCUGCACAGAAAUGGAGAGAUUUGGGGAACCAGGAAUACAGCCAACCACUUUGGUAUAUAUAGGUAAAGAGAUGCAUGAACACUAAGCUGCAAAAUUUUCAUCUGAGAUACUGCAGAAAGUACGUCUCCUAAUAUUGAAGCCCCCUCAGUUACCUUACUCCAAGGUAAAUGUUGCUGUAAAUGUUGCGGUGAUUAGAGAUCUCAAUGUGAAUUUUGUUGCACCUAAGGUUGAGGUGAUUGUGGGCGAAUGCUGUCUCUGGAGGCUCAUUUUGCAGGAUUCUGGCAUGCCUUACAAUUGUUUAACCAGCAGGGAAUUCAGGAGGUUCAACUUGAGAGCCACUUAAGUAUUGCCAAUUUGCCAUUGCUGCUUUUAACAUGGAUUCCUCCCUCCCCUCCCCUCCUCCCAACCCCCCACCCCCAAAAACAAAAAAAAAAAAAAAAAAGUGACCUGAAAUGUGCUGUUCAACAAAGUGAAAAUAGCAAUAUCUACUUUCCGAUGUUGCAAUUUUAAUUUUUUGGACAAAAGCUGUAAUAAUGCUCCUCUAGAUUUAGCAGAUCUUGGAUGUAAAAAUUGCGUCACUGAGAUUUGGCUACUUGAUAAUUUUGUGAAAUGCAAUACAAAUCCUGCCGCUUUUAUUUUAAGAAAAAUACA